AGCCGUUUGGCUCAAGUUUUGCUUCUGCGCUGGGGAUCCGACGGCCAUGGCGGCUGCGAGCAACCAGUCAGACGAGGAAGAGGAGGGUGAGGAGGAGACCGUUGAGUCGUACUCGUACAGUUACGAAGAGCACGAGGGCUCCUCCUCCUCGGCCGCGCCCGUGAAGCCCCGAAAGCCCAAACUGGUGGGGGGCCGCUACGAGGUGGGGUCGAAGCUGGGCGCCGGCUCGUACAGCGAGGUUUUCGAGGCCGUCGACAAAAAGAGUGGCAAGGUGGUGGCGGUGAAGAUGGAGUGGCAGAAGGCUGAGAAGACAGACAAGCUCCUCUGGGAGGCGGAGCUGUACAAGGAGCUUCAGCAUGGAGAGGGCAUUCCAAGGGUCCGGUGGGUCGGGAGCCAGGGCGAAUACAACAUGAUGGUCCUGGACGUGCUUGGUCCCUCGUUGGACGACCUCUUUAAGAAGCAGAGAAGGUUCAGUGUGAAGACCGUGGUCAUGAUUGCGAAGCAGGUGAUCACGCGGUUGGAAUUUGUUCAUAAUUGUGGGGUCUUGUACCGGGAUAUCAAGCCGCACAACUUCCUCAUCGGGGUGGGAGAAGAAGUCGGACGGAUCUACCUCGUGGACUUCGGGUUGUCCAAGCGCUACUUGGACGCGACGACCGGGGAUCACUACAAGUGCAAGAUUGAGAAGGGGCGAGGGAUUGCUGGCACCGUGCGGUAUUCCAGUCCGUUCCUCCACGACGGUUACGAGGCCAGCAGAAGAGACGUGGAUUUAUUCGCGCUGGGGUAUGUUCUGAUGCACCUCCUUCGAGGUGACUUGCCCUGGCUGGAUAUCAGCCACAAGGACAAGAAAGUCAGAAAUAAACGCAUCGGCCAGAAGAAGGCCGAGACGUCCGACAAGGAAUUAUGCAGCGGGUUCCCUUCGCAAUUCGUGGACUAUUUCCGAUACAUGCGGUCCGUCGGCUUCUACGACAAGCCGGAUUACAAUCGGCUCCAAGCCAUAUUGGACAAAGUGCUGAAGGAGUUGAAGCUGAAGAACGACCUCGUGUACGAUUGGAGUGAGGACAACGACGCGCGACCAAAGAAAAAACGAAAGCUGGACGCUUGACGUUGCCGCUGCCAGGCUGGGGCUGGUUGAGGCUCUUGGCAGCUAGGGCCGCCUCCUCCUCGACGUCCUUCUCCCUCUCGUCCUCCUCUUUCCUCCUCGCUCCCCUGGCGCAUGUUGGAUCUGUGUAGAUUUUGGUUGACCUGGCUAGCUUGCGUCACAGGUAUGAUGCGACGGCCUGUAGGCUCCUGGUGACUUGUCAGUAACGCACUGGCUGCUACAAGGCAGCGCACUACAGGCAAUCUCGCCAGGCCUGCCUUCAGAUGGACUCGCCGUCUUUCGCAUUUCUUGUCCGCCCUCUUGCGUGUAGUCUCCGCGUUCUGCUUCUACCUGCGGUGCAUGAUCGGAGUGAGAUGUUUACGCUUUAAGUGAUCCACUCAAUGUCGGACACAGGUUGGCUGGCUCGGUUCGUAGUGCAACGGCCACCUUCUUUUGUGGGGCAUGUAGCGUCGUUGGGGAUCUUGAUCUUUGAAAGGGGGAGGCCGCCUGGGGGCCUGGCUAGGGG